UUUCCCCACUCCCCACCGACCACCUCUCUAGAUUCUAGGGUUUUCUCUCUCUCCCCCUCUUCUUCUCCAUCCCACAAAUUCACAAACAUUUUCUACUUCCCGCUUGAUUCUGUAGUGAUCUCACUCACUCAAUCGCCGCAUUUCCCUUUCCCUGUCCCUGUCCAAGUCGAUUCUCUCUUCAAUUCAUUUCUGUCGAACAAGUCCCAAUAAGUUCGCCUAUCCUUUGUAGCUUAUGCGUUCUUAGUGUUAUAUUUGAAGAGCAACAAGCAAUGCAGAUUAAGGAAUUGGAGAAAAUCGAGGCUUCCAGCGCCAAGAAUCAGGAAAUUACGGCGAGGACAGGGAAAUCGGAGGCGUCGGUGGAAAAUUGCGCCGCAAAAGCUUCCAAUUUGAGCUCCGUCAUUGAUGUUUCUGGAAAAGUUCUCGAUUUUCCGCUUGUUAGUGGCGACGAAAGCACAGUGAAUGAGCUUUUUAUGUACAAGAAUGAGUUGAAUUUGCUUCCCAGAGAUGUUGGGAGGUUUAAGGGUUUAAAAACUCUCAAGUUUUUCGCGAAUGAAUUGAACUUGUUUCCUGAGGAGUUCAGGAAUCUGGUUGAGCUUCAAUGCUUGCAAGUGAAGGUGACGGAGCCGGGAGUUAGUGGGUUGGAGUUAAGUGAACUGGGGAAUUUGAAAGAGCUGGAACUCAGUAGAGUGCCCCCAAGGCCUUCUGCUUUCCCCAUUUUGCGUGAGAUUGCCGGGCUUAAGCACUUGACGAAGCUCUCCGUAUGUCAUUUCUCCAUAAGAUAUCUACCUCCAGAAAUAGGCUGCCUCAGUAAUUUAGAAUACUUGAAUCUUUCAUUUAACAAGAUGAGGAAUUUACCAGAUGAGAUUACUUUGCUAAACUCGUUGGUGUCUUUGAAAGUGACAAACAAUAAAUUGGUUGAGCUGCCUUUGGGAUUUUCCAAUCUUCAAAGUCUGGAGAGCUUGGAUUUAUCGAAUAACCGGUUAACUUCCAUAGAGUGUUUAGAACUUGAGUCUAUGAGUAAUCUUCAAUCUCUGAAUCUUCAGCAUAAUCAACUUGGCGAUUGUCGGGUACCGUCAUGGAUAUGUUGCAAUUUGGAGGGAAACAAUGGGGAUCUAGAUGAACCUGCUGAGAUGGAUGUGUAUGAAGGAUCAGCCGAUGUGCAGUCCAUUAAUUUGAGUGGAUUGUCUCCUAAUCACCGUAGUUUAGCUGCGCGAAGGGCUAAAGGAUGGAAACGUCGAUAUCAUUUGCAAACAAAAGCUCGCCAGGAGCGAUUGAAUAACUGCAGGAAGUGGAAGGGUGAUGUUACGAGCCGAAGCUCUUUGGAAAAAUGCACCACUUGCAGAGUGGUCGAGCGUAGUAAUGCUGACCUAUCAGAAGGUUCAUCUACUGUUGUAGAUGCAGAGCUGGAUCACAAAGAUACAUUUCCUGCAGGGGACACACAUGAAACAACUACAACUAGGGUGAAUGAGGAGGUCACAACUGAUAAAAAGCCUAUGGAUGGCUGCUCAUGUUCAGCAACUGAUUCUGUCAGUUCUCGGUCUAGUGCAGUUUUGGGUUCUGUUUCUGAUGCUAUUGAGGUGCAGGAUGAAGUUUCAUCUUCUGAAGCAUCUAGUUGUGCAUUCAAGUGCAAAAGGCAUUCAGAGAAAGAUCUUGAUAAUCCGAAGCCCUCCAAAUACAGAAAACCAACUAGUGACCCCUAUUAUUUGUCGUGCCAAUAUAGUAAAAUAUCAUUUUGUGGAGCAAGAGAUCGCCUACCUGAUGGCUUUUAUGAUGCAGGAAGAGAUCGGCCCUUUAUGCCACUGCCAAAUUAUGAGAAAAAUACUUAUGUUAACUCGCGGGAAGUGAUUCUUCUUGACCGGGAAAUGGAUGAGAAGUUAGAUGCCGUUCUUUUGUGUGCCCAAGACUUGGUUUGUCGGUUUAGACGUAUAAAAGAUUCUAUAAAUGAAAUAAGAGAUUUAGCAACCGAUACUUUGCAGACUGCAUCGUUGCUUGCACUUUUUGUAUCAGAUCAUUUUGGAGGAAGUGAUAAAAGUGCUAUUGUCCAGAGGGCACGUAAAUCUGCUUCUGGCGCAAACUGUGGUAAACCCUUUGCUUGUACUUGUGCAACUGGGAUCAGUUUUGACACUAAUAAAGCCAAUAAGCAAAGAGUGGAAAAUAUAGAAGAGUCCAUUUUCCUUGAUAUCUGUGAGAGAUCUCUUCACUGUAUAAAAGAAAGAUGUGGUUCUGUUAUAGUUCCUAUUGGGGGCCUGCAGUUUGGUGUUUGUAGGCAUAGAGCCUUGCUGAUGAAGUAUUUAUGUGACCGCAUGGAGCCUCAAAUCCCUUGUGAACUAGUGAGGGGUUACUUGGACUUUUCACCGCAUGCCUGGAAUGUAGUCAUUAUAAAGAAAGGCGAGUCAUUGGUCCGCAUGAUAGUUGAUGCAUGUCAUCCUCUUGACAUCAGGGAAGAAUGUGACCCCGAAUAUUUUUGCAGGUAUAUACCCUUAAGCCGGGUCAAUGCAGUGGUUGACAAUGAUACCAUUUCUAACUUUCCAUUCCCUUCUCUAUCUAUGUGUGAUGAGAUAGGGAAACUGGAAUCCACCUCCAUAAUGCGCUGUAAUAUUGGAUCAUUGGAGGCUGCAGUAAAGGUAAGAACAAUUGAUGUAUGUGGGGCUUCUGCAGAUGAAGUGCGGAACUUUGAGCUAUCCUGCUUAGGGGAAGUUCGAAUAUUGAGUGUCUUAAAGCAUUCCUGCAUUGUAGAACUCUAUGGUCAUCAGAUAUCAUCCAACUGGUCUAUGACUGCCGAUGGAAACUGCAGUGGUCGUACAUUAAAGUCUGCUAUAUUGAUGGAGAACAUAGAAGGAGGCUCCUUAAGGAGCUACGUGGAGAAACUCUCAAGCGACGGUGAGAAAUAUGUUGCUCUGGACUUGGUAGUGUCUAUUGCAAGAGAUGUAGCGUUUGCGCUGACAGAAAUACAUGAUAAAAACAUAAUCCAUCGUGACAUAAAGAGUGAGAACGUUUUGUUAGACCUUGAGAAGAAGAAGCAGGAUGGCACGCCUACAGUGAAGAUAUGUGAUUUUGAUCGAGCAGUUCCCCUUCAUUCGUACUUGCAUACGUGCUGCAUCGCACACUUGGGGAUACCUCCUCCCAAUAUUUGUGUUGGGACUCCUAGGUGGAUGGCCCCUGAGGUGUAUGCUGCAAUGCUUACGCAAAGCAUGUAUGGAUUGGAAGUGGAUAUUUGGUCUUUUGGUUGCCUGCUUCUGGAAUUAUUGACAUUACAAGUGCCUUAUAGUGGAUUGCCAGAAAACGAAAUUCAUAAUCUUCUGCAGGCGGGAGAGCGACCCAAACUGACAGAUGAACUAGAGGCAUUGGCUCAAUCUGACGAGGAGCUUGAGACCGAGCCUGAAACCCUCAGAUUUCUCUCACAACUCUUCCAUCAGUGUACCGAAAAGAACCCUGCUGUUCGCCCAUCUGCAAAAGAAAUCUACGAUACAUUACUUUUGCGAACGAGCUCAGCUACUCGUUUAAAAAUCUCAGACGAAUAAAAGGUUCAUUUCUGGGAGAUCUGUUCGCGUAGAUUUCCAGAAUUUUGUAGCGCUAUGGUAUUGCGAGAGGCUAACAAAAGGUAGCUUGGAUCUCUUACGUCUACAGUUACUUUGAACGGCUCAGAAACUUUGCUAAUUGUUCUUAAUACGAGGCUGAACUACACCGAACUAGGAUUCUUGAAACUUGAUUCCAUUCUUCAUUAGUAGUUGUAUAAUUAUGAUAAUGACAUUGUGAUUAAUGUUAUUUGUGUAUGAAUUCUUGAAGUUUCUUAGUUGAAGGCAUGAUGUUGUAGGAAGUAGGGACCGGUUUUGGUCACUGGUUUCAUACAUGUAUGUGUAGGCCCAGAGAGUACUUGAGCUCUUGUGCUGUGCCUUAGACUUAGCCUACUUUAUUAUUUAUACCAAAUACAUUUGUUAUAGAGAUUUAUGUUUUAUUUAUGUGGGAUUAAUUUAUGGAUCUA